AUGAUUAGCCCGCGGUUGGGUCUGCUGAAUAAUAUACCUUUUGUGAUUCCGUUUGAGGAUAGAGUCAAGAUAUUCCGGAUGUUUGUGGAAAAUGAUCGAAGACGCAAUGGUAUCGAUGAUCUUCGUCGUAUAAGCCUCGACAGAGAAAUUCGCCGUCAUCAUGUAUUUGAAGAUGGUUUUGCGAGCUUGUAUGGAUUAGGUUCGGAACUGAAGCGUAAAAUUGCAAUUACAUUUGUGGACGAAUUCGGUUUGCAAGAAGCCGGCAUUGAUGGUGGCGGCGUGUUUAAAGAGUUCCUGACAAGUCUCGGUCAUGAAGCAUUUGACACAAACUAUGGUCUCUUUUUGGCAACGCCUGAUCAGAUGCUCUACCCAAAUUCAAGUCGAUAUGCAACAGAACCCGAUCAAUUAGCUUACUAUGAAUUUCUGGGUCUGAUUAUCGGCAAGGCGUUGUACGAAGGAGUGCUUCUGGACGUGGCAUUUGCGGACUUCUUUUUGAAAAGAUGCCUCGGACGAGUCAACUACUUGGAUGAUUUGCCGUCGCUGGAUCCCGAGCUCUAUAAUGGUCUUAUCCAGGUGAAGAAUUUCCAAGGCGAUGUCGAAGACUUGUGUCUCGAUUUCACAUUAACCAGAGAUGAACUCGGGCAAUCAGAAACGGUCGAACUAAUUCCCGGCGGAACCCAUAUUCCAGUCACCAAUACCAAUCGGAUCCGAUACGUAUAUCUCGUGGCGGAUUAUCGAUUGAACGUGCAGAUUGCCAAGCAAUCGAAAGCUUUCCAUAGAGGCCUUAGUACGAUCAUUGAUAUCAAAUGGUUGCGAAUGUUUAAUCAGCAAGAAUUGCAAGUGUUACUAGGAGGUGCCUAUGUUCCCAUUGACUUGGAAGACCUUCGCCUACAUACGGUAUAUGCAGGUUAUACAGACAAGGAUCGAGUGGUACAAGAUUUCUGGAGGGCAUUGUGCAGCUUCAAUAAUGAAGAGCGGAUGAAAUUUGUCAAAUUUGUUACUUCGUGUUCUCGGCCUCCACUCCUGGGUUUUAAGGAACUCACACCUCAGUUCUGUAUUCGCCGCGGUGAAGCGGAUGAUAACCGGUUACCCACCAGCUCAACGUGUGUGAAUCUGCUUAAAUUACCCCCAUUUAGCUCCUACAGCAUCCUAAGACAGAAGUUGGUUUAUGCAAUUACAGCCGAAGCCGGUUUUGAUCUAUCUUAG